AGAGGUCAGUGUUAACACAAACAGGACUCCUCGGAAUCGUGUGUGUUUACAUGCAGCUCGCCUUGAAUGAACUGCUCAGAAACACAGAUUUGCUGGGCAGAGAUUCCAAAUCACGAUGUAUCGGUAUGUGAAAAUGUUUUGCAUGUUGAGAUCCUUGCAAGGUAUCACCAUAUAGCGGGUAGUGCUGAUGGAUAAUGCAGGCGAUAUCUGUCGCUUCCUAGACAGCUUGUUUAUGCAGUUGGUUAGCUAGCCGCUAAGUUCGUCACACCGCUGUUAAAGGUAUAGCAGAGGUGGAAAUAUUUGAGAGUGCUACGCUUUUUAUUACUGAAUUCACUAACAAAAUGAAGAAGAGACAUUAUAUUUAGGAUUUGCCUGAACUUAUUUGCCCAGUGGUACCCUUCCCCCGACCUUUUCCAAAGUAAAUGACUUGUGUCUAUGUCUCAGACCUGACCAAAGUAUUCAUUGUCUGUAACUGGUGAAAGUACUGAGGGAAUGGUUUCAGAGGAGGACUCUACUGAAAGCUAUCGUGAUGUCCCUGACCUCACUCCUGCGUUUGAGGCUCAGCAGCAGAUGCAGCACAAUUCAGAUACUUCAACUAAGAGCUCUGUCAGGAGUCGAUGCUGUUAACGCACUCCGGCCCUUUUACUUCGCGGUCCACCCUGACUUCUUUGGCCAGCAUCCAAGAGAGAGGGAAGUGAAUGAAAACUCUCUCAAAAGAUUAAAUGGCUAUUUAGAGAGUCUUCAAAAGCCUGGCUUUAGGGAUGUCAAGCCUACAAAACUCACUUUUUAUCUCAGGGACAUAAAGGAGAAACAAGAGAGCCACAGUGAUGUGCUGCAUUCUGGUUUUCGUUUGGUGACUUUCACUCUGCAGGCUAAGGAUGUCCUGUGUGCAGUUGUUGAUGUUUUGAAGUCCUGUAGCUUGUCAGUGGAACAUAUGCAGGGACUUUUUACAGCCAGAGACCAAAGCCAGAACUCAGCACAACAAGAGGGAAUUCCUUUCUAUCGCCCGAUUAAAUGGGACAAGACAUAUUAUACAUUCACAGGCUUCAGAGACCCAGAGCAGGAGCUGGAACAGGCAAAGAAAAUGGAAACCACACUCAGUCUGUGGCUGAGGAACAAUGAAUCGGAGGCCAGUAAGAAGCAGAAAGCCAGUGUUCCACGAAGAGCCGAGCUAAAGAGACUCAAGAGAGAGCUCAUUGAGAAACUGGGCCUGCUAGAUAUCAGAUGGCAGCGCAAUUGGGGAGUUGCACACAGAUGCUGUCAGAUGCAGAGUUUGAGCCGCCUCUCUUCACAGAACCCAGAGGCCAUGCUUAAUCUCAGAGGGCACACAAUACUCUAUACUGACCAGUCAGGAAUGAAUGCCUUAGGCCAUGUGAUGCUGGGAACAAUGGAUGUACAUCAUCAGUGGACAAAGAUCUUCGAGAGGUUGCCUAGUUACAGCAGACUGUUGCAGCAAACAGAAUGGCUAAAGGAUAGGAUCAGUUUUAUGUUAGGGGGAAUCCAGGUGAUCCAUUUGGAUCGUGUGGGUCUGGUGUUGCCUUUGGAAGACCAUUACAGUGCGCUUAACACCUUCCACAAAAGACUUCUGCCUCACAGACUCACCCUGCACCCUCGCAGCCUGCAGGGACUUACUAUGAUUCUAGAAAAUGACUCUUCUAAUCUUAGUCUACAUGAGAUGGGCCACUUUAUCAUUCCCACCAUGACUGACCCUAUUCACCUCCAGAACUUUCUUCAGAGCAAUGCCCAAGAGGCUCGCAGUCGUCUGCAGUGCAAGGAGCAGUUAGUACAAAUGUUAGAAGCUGAGGAGGAGGAUGUGGUGUCCAUUUGUUUGCAGGGUCUCUCUCUGUGCAGUCUGUCCAAAGAGCCCAGUGUCUCAAGCAGCCAGAUGAUCCCAUGCUGCAGGCGUUUGAUUGAAGAAAGGUCUCCUCAUAUGCAGGGUCUGCACCUUUGCAUUUCACACUUCUACUCAGUCAUGCAGGACGGUGAUCUGUGUAUACCAUGGGACUGGAAGGGCUGACAAGCACUGUGUGUUUUUAGGUUCUGUCAUGUAGGUGUGAAGGAUGAUGUGAUUAAGUUUUGGUUAUUAUAUGUAGUAUGUCAUUGAAUGCACUUUUUUUUGUGAUGCAACCAGAAAGGUGGUUUGUUUCCAAAGCUGAAAGAAUUUGUGAAGCAGGUUUGUGAUUAUGUAAACUUUAAAUGUGAGGAACUCGAAGUCGUCUUUCAGUUUGCUGCAGUUGAUGGCCAUGAGCCAAAAUUUUAGUCAGACUACUUUAUAUGUUAGAGUGACCUUUUCAUAUUGUAGAAUCGGAACACAACGACUGAUCAUAUUAUAACGUUAAGCCUGUGGCUGUCAGACACAUAAUUCCUGGAAUUAAUGUCUUUUACUGCUGGGUUUAUCUUUCAAAAGGUGUCUGAAACAAUUAGUGUUAAGUGUCUUUGCCAAGUACUCAAAUAUACUCUGCAUAAUUCAACAAGUGACUGCCAGAGGAGCUACAGAAUAAGAUUUGCAGUAUUAGUGAUCUACACUGCCUAAGAAUAUUAGUCCAUGUGAAGCACCUGAUGUCCAGUAGAUGGCGCCCGUCUACAGUGUACAGAACAUGUACAUAAAAUAAAGAACAGCCAUUGCAUUACACUAUCAAUAAUUUGUCCUCAUAACCCAGUCUUACAUAUCAUGUAAUAUACUACACAUUGAAUUAUAAAUGGUAACUGUGUUAAAUAUCUAUGACUACAAGAUGUUAAGAAAAGACACUAUCAAUUUUAAAACUUAAAUUUUGCUCCUUAAAAAUUAGUUGUACAAUUUAAAAGCACAAAACUAUAACUUAUAUGAAUAUAUACUCUUUACCUUUCACUCAUAUCAGUGUCUGAUCAGUGUUUAAUGCAUCCGGAUUAAUUAUGCACAGAUCCUGUGAAAACCUGACCUACAAAAACGUGUGGGGUCUUCCCCAAACUGUAGCCACAAAAUUUUAAAUGUGUGAUUGUCUAGAAUGACAUUGUAUACUGUAGAUUUCUCUUUACUGGAGCUAAAGACCACAAACCUGUUUCAUCAGGCUGGGGUCUAUGUAUAAAUAUAUCAAUAAGUGACUGUGCUGCCUUUUAGCUGACUCUGCAAUUGUAUUUAUUCUUAUAAUUGUGUAUGCAGAUGAUUCCAUGAUUUGGACUAGGUUUUGUACUUGCAUUGUAUAUUUUGAUUCAUGGUUUAAUUUCAACGUUGAAUAUCUGAUGUCCUAUGUUAAUGUACAAAAUGUGUGAAGUAGGUUUGUUGUUUUCUCAAAGGACUGUUGGAUUUAAUAAAACCGACCUCUGUUACUUUGAA